AUGGUUUCUUCUAGCUAAUUGAAAAUGCCUCUUUUUGGAAAAUCGACCAAGAGCCCUGCAGAGGUGGUGAAGGCUCUGAAAGAGGCUGUGAAUGCUCUAGAAAGAGGGGACAAAAAGGCUGAAAAAGCUCAGGAAGAUGUCAGCAAGAACCUGGUGCUGAUCAAGAACAUGCUGUAUGGCACCAACGACGCAGAACCGCAGACUGACAUCAUCGUGGCGCAGCUUGCACAGGAGCUAUACAACAGCAAUCUAUUGCUCAUGUUGAUACAGAACCUCAGCCGGAUUGAUUUUGAGGGCAAGAAGGACGUGGCCCAAGUGUACAACAACAUACUGCGGCGACAGAUCGGUACAAGGUCGCCAACUGUUGAGUACAUCUGCACCAAACCUGAGAUUCUCUUCACAUUGAUGAACGGAUACGAACACCAAGAAAUAGCUCUGAACUGUGGAACCAUGCUACGAGAGUGUGCCAGAUACGAAGCGCUAGCGAAAAUUAUGCUGCAUUCCGAAGAUUUUUUUAACUUUUUCCGAUACGUUGAAGUUUCUACUUUUGACAUUGCUUCUGAUGCUUUCUCCACCUUCAAGGAACUGUUGACGAGGCACAAGUUGCUGUGUGCUGAGUUCCUGGAGCUGAACUACGACAAGGUGUUCUCGCACUACCAGCGGCUGCUCAACUCGGAGAACUACGUCACUCGUAGACAGUCGCUCAAACUGCUCGGAGAGCUGCUGCUCGACAGGCACAACUUCACGGUGAUGACAAAGUAUAUUUCAAACCCCGACAAUCUCAAGCUGAUGAUGAACAUGCUUAAAGAAAAGUCAAGAAAUAUUCAGUUUGAAGCAUUUCAUGUGUUCAAGGUGUUUGUUGCCAAUCCCAAUAAACCCAAGCCAAUCUUGGAUAUUCUGCUGAGAAAUCAAGACAAACUGGUAGAAUUCCUCACGCGCUUCCACACAGAUCGUUCAGAAGAUGAACAGUUCAACGAUGAGAAGGCAUACUUGAUAAAACAGAUAAAAGAGUUAAAACCUCUUCCAGAACACUAACACUAGGAAGUUUUCCUGCCAACUCCCGUCUUGUACAGUAUUGCACAUGUAUAGUUAAAACACGCCUCCUUCUCUAUGCGGGAAUGUUACUUCUUUUACAAUUCCUUAUGUUUACAAUUUUCUUAAAAAUGUCAGCUCUAAAUUAGAGUAAAAUCUGGCUGAAGGGUUUAGACACCUUAUCAGUUGUUCAUUCAUCGUAUUCGCAUUAUACAUUUUAGGUAUAUUCUGUUAAGUUUUUAUUUAUUUGUUUCUUUGUUUAUUUCUUCUUCCAUGGUAAACCGACAGUUCAAUAAACAUCUACGGCCAAAUUUUGUUGUAUAUAGUUAUACCCGAAUCUGUAUAGCUGUUUAUAGGAAGAUUUAAGACUUUUGUUAUUUGUAGAGGUUUUAAGAAUUUCACCAUGUUAGCACUAUAGACUUAUGUUUCAAUUAUAAGAUAGUAUGUUCCUUAUAAAAGAUUUAGUUUAAGUUGGUUCUCUUUCCUCUUAGAGGAGAUUUUCAUUUGUUUUCCAGACAGAAUAGAUUUUUUCUGGUGCUGAAAAUGAUAGCUUAAAGAUCGGAAAAUGUGUAAAUACAAUAAUUUCAAUAUGAUUCGGAUCUAUUCAAAAGUUCUUUUAUCUACCGAUUCUUGUAAAUUAAAAAAUAAGUAUUUUAUCAGCUCCAUAUACAUAUACAUAUUUUUCAAACAAUCUUUUUCGUGUUCUGUUAAAAAGUAUGGUAACAUCCUGAUUAUUAUCAGUUUUAAUAAAAAUAAAAGUUGAUUAUUA